CGUCCCGGAGCGGCCAUGGAUGUGACCAGCAGCUCGGGCGGCGGAGGCGACCCCCGGCAGAUCGAGGAGACCAAGCCGCUGCUGGGGGGCGACGUGUCGGCGGCCCCCGAGGGCACGAAGAUGAUGGGCGCCGUGCCGUGCCGCCGGGCCCUGCUGCUGUGCAACGGGAUGAGGUACAAACUGCUGCAGGAGGGCGACAUUCAGGUCUGUGUCAUCCGGCACCCUCGGACCUUUCUCAGCAAGAUCCUCACCUCGAAAUUCCUGAGGCGCUGGGAGCCCCACCACCUAACGCUGGCCGAUAACAGCCUGGCGUCCGCCACGCCAUCCGGAUACAUGGAAAACUCGGUCUCCUACAGUGCCAUUGAAGACGUUCAGCCGCUGUCCUGGGAGAAUGCCCCAAAGUACUGUUUACAGCUCACCAUCCCUGGGGGGACCGUCCUGCUGCAGGCUGCCAACAGCUACCUACGAGACCAGUGGUUCCAUUCUCUGCAGUGGAAGAAAAAGAUUUACAAAUACAAGAAAGUCCUGAGUAACCCAAGUCGCUGGGAGGUUGUCUUGAAAGAGAUCCGGACGCUGGUGGAUAUGGCCCUCACAUCCCCCCUGCAGGACGACUCCAUCAACCAGGCCCCACUGGAAAUUGUCUCGAAACUGCUCUCUGAGAACACAAACCUGACCACUCAAGAGCAUGAGAACAUCAUUGUGGCAAUCGCUCCUCUGCUGGAAAACAAUCACCCACCGCCAGAUCUCUGUGAAUUCUUCUGCAAGCACUGCAGGGAGCGACCACGGUCCAUGGUGGUCAUCGAGGUAUUCACGCCAGUGGUCCAGAGGAUCCUCAAACACAACAUGGACUUUGGGAAGUGCCCGCGGCUGAGGCUAUUCACCCAGGAGUACAUCCUUGCCCUGAACGAACUCAACGCAGGCAUGGAAGUAGUGAAGAAGUUCAUUCAGAGCAUGCACGGCCCCACGGGACACUGCCCACACCCUCGGGUUCUGCCCAACCUGGUGGCUGUGUGCCUGGCUGCCAUCUACUCUUGCUAUGAAGAGUUCAUCAACAGCCGGGACAACUCUCCCAGCCUGAAGGAGAUCCGAAAUGGCUGCCAGCAGCCUUGCGACCGGAAGCCCACCUUACCUCUGCGCCUGCUUCACCCCAGUCCGGACCUGGUGUCUCAGGAAGCCACAAUGUCUGAGCCACGGCUCAAGUCAGUGGUUGUGGCCUCCAGUGAGGUUCACGUGGAGGUGGAGCGCACCAGCACUGCCAAGCCCGCAUUGACAGCCAGCACGGGCAACGACAGCGAACCCAACCUUAUCGACUGCCUCAUGGUGAGCCCAGCUUGUGGUACCAUGAGCAUCGAGCUGGGCCCCCAGGCCGGCCGCACACUUGGUUGCCACGUGGAGAUCCUCAAGCUGCUGUCAGACUACGAUGACUGGAGACCAUCUCUGGCCAGCUUGCUUCAACCCAUUCCAUUCCCCAAAGAAGCUCUGGCACACGAGAAGUUCACUAAGGAGCUGAAAUACGUGAUUCAGAGGUUUGCAGAAGACCCUCGACAAGAGGUCCACUCAUGCCUGCUGAGUGUGCGAGCCGGCAAGGAUGGCUGGUUCCAGUUGUACAGCCCCGGAGGGGUGGCCUGUGAUGAUGACGGGGAGCUGUUCGCCAGCAUGGUGCACAUCCUCAUGGGCUCGUGUUACAAGACCAAAAAGUUCCUGCUCUCACUGGCAGAAAACAAGCUGGGCCCGUGCAUGCUCCUGGCACUGAGGGGAAACCAGACCAUGGCGGAGAUCCUGUGUUUGAUGCUGGAAUACAACAUCAUCGACAACAACGACACCCAACUGCAGAUCAUCUCAACGCUGGAGAGCACAGACGUGGGCAAGCGCAUGUACGAGCAGCUGUGCGACCGGCAGCGGGAGCUGAAGGAGCUGCAAAGGAAAGGUGGGCCCACCAGGCUAACACUGCCCUCCAAGUCCACGGACGCGGACCUGGCCCGCCUGCUGAGUUCUGGCUCCUUCGGAAACCUGGAGAACCUCAGCUUGGCCUUCACCAAUGUCACCAGUGCCUGCGCCGAGCACCUCAUCAAACUGCCUUCCCUCAAGCAGCUCAACCUGUGGUCCACGCAGUUUGGAGAUGCUGGCCUACGGCUCCUGUCGGAACACCUCACCAUGCUCCAGGUGCUGAACCUGUGUGAGACCCCAGUCACCGACGCCGGCCUGCUGGCCCUCAGUUCCAUGAAGAGCCUCUGCAGUUUAAACAUGAACAGCACCAAGCUCUCGGCCGACACGUACGAGGAUCUGAAGGCCAAGCUUCCCAACUUGAAAGAGGUGGAUGUCCGCUACACAGAAGCCUGGUGAAGCCCCUUGCGUCCACAGAAUGACAUUGUGACAAAAUGACUCUUGACUAAUAGCCGUAGAACAGCGGGUCCUGGGGUCACCCUGGCACCUGGCUGAGGGAUAGAUGGGGGAGUCUUGGGGCGGAGGGAGGGAGGG